AACCUGUUUGCUUGCUUGUGUGCUGCUGGUGCUCGACCCUCCGACCAACCCACACCCCCCGCCGCCGCCCGAACGGAUCCAUGCAGACCAUGCCGCCCCGAUCGUCUUUGACCAGUUCGUUCUCCGUCACCGACGCCAACAACGAAGUGGUCUGUCCCUUGAAGAAUAAUGAUGGCUCCAAUUGUCGCAAGCGAUGCCUUGGAGAAAAACGCUAUCGCUCCAUGCAGGAGCACAUUCGCCGUGCUCACCCCAACCAUUACAUUCCGAAGCUCCCGGCUACCGAGGAGAGCUUUAUCCUGAUGGUCACUACCCCACCAGACCAGCGUGCUCACCUGUCUCCCCCCAAACCGGCUCCCUCUCGACGACGCAAUGAUCUGGUCGAUCGAGACAUCUACGUUGCCGAUGCUGGUUCCCCCGCAACCCCGCGGGGUGUCGAUGAGGCCCAUCCGGCCGCGGCCACCGCUGCCGUUGCGCUGGCUCAAUUGCACCACAACCGCUUAGCAUCCGACUGGGACACAGACAUGGAAACUCAUUCCGACAAUGACCGGGACCGGAUUCGCUCCGUCGAACUGCCUUCUCUGCGGGAACAUUUCAAACAGGAGUCAUUGCCUCCAUUCCCUUCGUCUCACCCUCGGGACCCUCGCCCUCGAGAGCUUCUGCCUUCCAUUCUGACCCAUUCCCCGCCCGGUCGCUCUUCGACAUUGCCCCCUAUUCAGCGCAGGGACAAGCUGCCUCGAUCGCGCAAGUCGUCUAUCUCGGGAGCUCGCAAGCCGAAGCACGAGCGAACCAAAUCCAAAGAAUUCGGACGGCGUCCUAGUCUUGGCGAUCGCAAGGCUCUCUCCGCAGAGCCCCAAACCGCAGCCUGGGCGCAGGGCAAGCGUUGGGAAGAUCUCAUCGAAGCCGCUACUUCCGCCACCGAGGUCGGUCGCUCACCGACGAUGCCUCCCCUGAUCUCGAAUAUCACCUCGGCCCCUACGGGCAACAGCCGUUCCUCAUUACCACCGGCAUCCUACCGCCCCUUCCCACACCCAUUUGCGUCGCCUUUGCACAAGGCACUCACUCCACCUCCGUUCGAUCGCAGUCGUGACAGUGACUUGGAACCGUUCCCGUCUAUCGAGUCGUCCAUUGACUCGACAUCGUCAAUCUCCGGCAAGAACCAUUCCUUCUCCAGCCAUCUCGCCCCGUCGGUCAAUUCGGAUUCCAGCCCAGUGUUGAAUAUGUUCCCGUCCAUGUCCGCGUCGCAACGUCAACACCAUCGGUUCUCCAAUCCGACCCCGGCCACUUUCCGCAGCAAAGAAAUCCAGAUCUAUUGUGCCAGCUGCAAGCGAGCCUGGGCGCUGAAUGAAUGCUAUGCCUGUACGGAGUGCAUCUGUGGGGUUUGUCGGGAAUGCGUCGGAAUGUUCAUCAGUAGUCCCCCCGCAUCCUUUAGGAAUGUGACCUCCAGUCCAGGAAGCGCCAUGUCGCACGGGCCGACCAGCUACCCAAAUCCGCGUGGCUGUCCUCGCUGUCGGACAGUGGGCGGCAAAUGGAAGGCCUUCCAACUUGAUUUUAGAUACGGUACAAUGACAUGACCAUCAAGGCACCCUGAGCGACCCUGUAUGCGGUCGCUCCAAUGACUAUACGAACUGCACGCUUGGACUGUUGAAAACUUGGAUCAGCCAAGCGAUGACUCGAACCAGUGGUGCUCACCAUACCACUGUUUUCUAGGAAUUCUUCACGAAAA